UUGGCUGCGGCCGCGUUACCAGGCGGGAACGGUGACGCGGCAGUAUUGGCGGAGCACGAGCGCGAGAGAGGGCGGGCAGGAGGCGGUGCCGCUGGAGCCGGGACAGGAAGCGAGUCGGGAGCGGCUGCGAGGACAUGGCGGAGACCAUUAUAAUUCGUGUCCAGUCACCAGAGGGAGUCAAACGUAUCACAGCCACGAAGCGGGAGACUGCUGCAACAUUCCUGAAAAAGGUUGCAAAAGAAUUUGGCUUCAGAAAUAAUGGUUUUUCGGUGUACAUCAAUAGAAAUAGAACUGGUGAGAUCACAGCAUCUCCCAACAAGUCCCUCAACUUACUAAAAAUCAAACAUGGAGAUAUGCUGUUCCUCUUUCCUUCAAGCCCUGCUGGUUCUUCCUCUGAGAACAUGGAUACCUCAGUGUCUCAAGGAACACGCCACAUAGGUGUUCCCCAGGUGGUAGAAGAUGACAUUGACCAGUAUCUAAUAAAACAAGAUGGGAAGAUUUACAGGAACAGAGACCAGCAACUAUGUCGACAUGGCCCAUUGGGUAAAUGUGUGCACUGUGUACCAUUAGAGCCUUUUGAUGAAGAUUAUUUAAACCAUCUGGAACCUCCUGUGAAGCAUAUGUCUUUCCAUGCCUACAUCAGGAAACUGACCGGAGGCGCAGACAAGGGGAAGUUUGUUGCCCUUGAAAACAUUAGCUGCAAGAUUAAAUCUGGGUGUGAGGGACAUCCCCCAUGGCCAGAAGGCAUAUGCACGAAAUGCCAGCCCAGCGCCAUCACACUCAACAGGCAGAAAUACAGGCAUGUGGAUAACAUCAUGUUUGAGAACCAUACAAUUGCAGAUCGUUUCUUAGACUUCUGGAGGAAAACGGGAAACCAGCAUUUUGGAUACCUGUAUGGGAGAUACACAGAACACAAAGACAUCCCUCUAGGUAUUCGAGCUGAGGUUGCUGCCAUCUAUGAACCACCUCAGAUUGGUACGCAAAAUAGUCUUGAGCUUCUGGAAGACUCUAAGGCAGAAAUUGUGGAUGAGAUUGCUGCCAAGCUUGGCCUAAGAAAGGUUGGCUGGAUAUUCACAGAUCUGGUCUCUGAGGACACACGAAAGGGGACUGUCCGAUAUAGUCGGAACAAGGACACCUAUUUCCUUAGUGCAGAAGAGUGCAUCACAGCUGGGCAUUUUCAGAAUCAGCACCCAAACAUAUGUCGCCUGUCUCCAGAUGGUCACUUUGGAUCCAAGUUUGUAACUGUUGUGGCAACAGGUGGUCCUGACAACCAAGUCCACUUUGAGGGUUACCAAGUAUCCAAUCAAUGCAUGGCCCUUGUACGAGAUGAGUGCCUGCUGCCGUGCCGUGAUGCUCCAGAGCUUGGCUAUGCAAAAGAAUCCAGCAGUGAGCAGUAUGUGCCUGAUGUAUUCUAUAAGGAUAUAGACAAGUUUGGCAAUGAAAUCACCCAGCUCGCCCGUCCACUCCCUGUCGAGUACCUAAUAAUUGAUAUUACAACUACGUUCCCCAAGGAUCCAGUUUAUACAUUUUCUAUUUCUCAAAACCCAUUCCCUAUUGAGAAUCGUGAUGUGCUGGGAGAAACACAGGACUUUCACAGUCUGGCUACGUAUUUGUCCCAGAACACCUCCUCUGUGUUUCUUGAUAUCAUCUCUGAUUUCCAUCUGCUGCUCUUCUUGGUCACCAAUGAAGUCAUGCCUUUAAAGGAUAGCAUCAGCUUGUUGUUGGAAGCAGUAAGGACCCGGAAUGAGGAGCUAGCACAGACUUGGAAAAAAUCAGAACAAUGGGCCACCAUUGAACAGCUUUGCAGCACAGUUGGAGUUCAGCUGCCAGGACUCCAAGAAUAUGGUGCCAUGGGUGGCUCAACACAUGCUGCAACUUCUUCCAUGUGGGCCUGUCAGCACUGCACCUUCAUGAACCAGCCAGGCACAGAUCACUGUGAGAUGUGCAGCCUCCCACGUAGCUAAGCCUCAUCUGGCUUGGCAUUCAGGGCGGCCAUUACAGACCAGCUGGCAGAAAUACAGAGGCAAACCCCUAGCCAGGCAGGAUUGUACUUCCUCCUCGGAUGUUGCACCAUGAGGGGCGGGGCAGAGCGGGCAGGGGGGACCUGACCCUUAUCACAGGCACACCGUGCCAUUCAGAGGGUUGUAGCUUGCGGUUGGAACUGGAUGUCUCAGUGGGGGAACAUAACAUAGCUCCUCUGCCUGUGCUGCUGCCUUUUCUUUGCUCUCAGUAUUGUAGAAAGCCAGAGAUCAUGUUCCCUCUUGAGCUGCAUUUGCACGGAUGGCUCAUCAGCUCUGCAGGCACGUGGCAGUGAGGGGCCAUGCCCGCCCAAUAGCUUGCAUGCCACAAGCUUUCCCCAGCCUUAAGCCAGUGAGCGAGGCUAGGCAGCAGUGUUACAAGGGAUGGCUUGGUCUCCCAAGUCUAGCUUGCCUAACAUCGCUCUCCUUACAUGCUUUGCGUUCAGCCUCAGAGUCGCUGGGUCACUGGUGCCUGACUCAUUUCAGUCUACCCUCUUUAAUUAUAGCUUCCAAAUUUAGUGGUGGCAGAAUCUAUAGUAGCUCAGAGCUCCAGUCUAAGCCCCAAAAGCACCUUGGCAACGGAGAAAGGAGAGAACAAGCCUUCUCAACCUGGUAAUGGUCUCUCUGCUUGCCUGCUGACCCAGUUCUUGCCCAGCUCCUGCCAUGAUGAUAGCAAGUGAAACUGAUUAGUCAGCAGCUGUACCUCACUUAUGGCUCAGCAGCAGAGAGGAUCAUUUCUUGCCAAAUCUGGCAUUGUGGGGCCAGUUGGCUUUCUGCUCAGGAAGUAGACAGCAUCUUGGCUGUGUCAGAGUUGGGCAGGCAACAACUCACAAGCAGUUAUUUGCCCCAGAUCUUUAUGCAUCCCUGUGCAUUUAAACCUGUUUCUUUGCAUUUGUAGCUGUGAGCAGGAAAACUUGCAAGUUCCUUCCUCAUGCCUGUUGUAGACUUGAAUAUCAUCCCAGCAGGACAAGGUUUAUAUGGGCCUUCUAUUGCCAUGUUGGUAGGAGCUUUGUCUAUUGAGCAUUAGAUGGUUUGGGGUUCUCAGGAAGCGGAGGUUCUCUUGUCUCAAGAACACUGAUCUGACUGCUGUUCCCAUAACCCCAACAACAGAGCCCUCCAGUUCCCAGUUUCCUCUGGUGUGCAAGCUCUUCCAUUCCCAGUUGUGCAGGUGGAUGUUUCCCCAUCCCCAAAUUCUCAGCAUCCCUGCCAACAGCGUUAUUGAUUAAGGUACAGUUUGGUUCUUUCUGCAACAAUAUAUUCUGCACAACUAGCCUGUUAUCAUUUGGCUACAUCCAUCGGCUUCAUCACAGGGAAACAAGGCAUUCAUAUUUUUAUGUUGGAUUAUGUGGACAGAGGGUACUCUCUUUCAGUCCUUCCAGUUUUAUCUUUUUAGGUUCUCAGCACAGCAAAAAUAAAUAAAUAUAUAUAUAUGUGCCUCUACCCCAACUACCCAUUUCCAGAGGGCGUGUAGGCCUGGCUCACAGACAACUGCCAUAACUGAUGUGGUUCUGCCUUCCAUGGCAGAAAUAUUUGGGGCUUUGUCCUUCAAGCAUUUCAGUCAAGUGAUUGGUCAUCUGGCCCUUGCUAGUGCUGACAGGGCAUGGGACUCUUUCUCCUCUCCUGGGUUUGCGUUUGACUAGAUUUCUUGAGCUCACUGGGCCAUAGCCGCUCUUGCUAUUCCUCUUCGUUCUAUGGGUUGCAGAGGUACAUGUUUGGUUUGGACUGGAGUUAAGUGAAUAACAGCCCUGCAAAUAAAAAAAAAAACAACCUCUAUUAAAAGCAUUUGAAAUGGAA